AUGUCUUGUAGAAUCACACCCAUCCCUCCUCCCACACCUACUCCCAAAGUCAUCAAAUUAGUCUCCUUCUCGCCAGAACAGUUCACACAGAACAACGAGUCUGAGAAGGUGUCAACAUAUUCCUCCUUGUCCUCCAUAGAUUCCAAGGACUCCAAGAUCCCCAAACCGGAGGGUGAGGCUGGGCGUCCUGGCCGUGGUGGGUACAACUUGGAAAAGGCACUUAACUGGGAUGCUGAGCGCUUCAAGAAUCUCAAAGAAUACAUUCACCGGUCUAUCGAGAAGCAUUGUCAUGUUGGCAAAAGCAAGAAACUUCAAGCUCCGGCUGCUUUGCUUCAGGCCAUUUUCCAGAACUGGCUGAUUAUCAUGGGAGUUGGCCAGUCGGGGAUAUAA